AUGGGGCUUGAAAAUGGAUUGACAGCCGGGGUAACAAGUCUGUACAGACCCGCAGAAGGUCCGCUUGUAUUGUGUUUUGAUGCAGACACAUGCCCACUGUCUAAGGCAGAAAUGUAUCUUAAUCACUGUAGGUCUUGUAUAAAUAUCUAUACUAGAUCCGCAGCAACAUUGGAACGACGAAUAGCUGAGGCAACUGUCGGAACUUCUGGGAAAAAAGAUGCAGUCCCAGAAGAAACAAAAACUGACAAGGACAAUUCAAUGGAAGCCCAGGCUGAAACUGAAAAGAAUAACAGUUCCAAUAAAGACAAUGAUGCAGACAAGCACAAUGAUGAAGGGUUGAAUAAUGACAAUGAUGCAGAAGAUGAGAUCAAUGCCAAAAGCAUUGAUGAAGAUGACAAUGAUGAGAAGGAUGAGAUCAAUGCCGUAAUAAUUGAUGAGGAUGACAAUGAUGAAGAAGAUGAGAUCAUUACCAAGAUGAUUGAUGAUUCAGUUUAG